AUGGACCAAGUACUAAGGGCGUUCUAUCAGAGCACCCAUUGGAGUACACAAAACAGCUACGAGGAUAUAACGGCCACAUCGAGAACAUUAUUAGAUUUCCAAAUUCCCUCAGCGAUACACCUGCAAAUCUCUAAUAAAUCUACCCCCAAUACAUUCAAUUCUCUAGAUUUUUCUACAAGGUCAAGGAUAAAUGGUUCCCUGAGUUAUUUAUAUUCCGAUGCACAGCAGUUGAAGAAUUUCAUGCGUAACUCUACUGAUAUCCCAUUACAAGAUGCGACUGAAACAUACAGACAAUUGCAACCAAACUUUAACUUUAGUGGUAGUAGUGGGAAGACGCUGAGUAGUGACCAAAGUACACUCGAGGAUAACAAGAAAUUACCACAUGACUCAAAAUUUGUUAAGAAAUCACUUUAUUAUGGUAGAAUGUACUAUCCUAGCUCUGAUUUAGAGGCAAUGAUAAUAAAACGACUAACUUCACAAACCCAGUUCAUGCUCAAGGGUAUCAGCAGUUUCAGAGAGAGUUUAAAUGUUCUAACAUGCUACUUUCAAAGAGAUUCUCAUCGCAAUUUACAGGAGUGGAUAUUUUCCACCAGCGAUCUAUUAUGUGGAUAUAGAAUAUUACAUAAUUUUCUCACCACACCUUCCAAGUUUAACACUUCAUUAUACAAUAAUUCUUCGUUGUCGCUUGGUGCUGAGUUUUGGUUAGGAUUGGUCAGUUUAAGUCCCGGCUGUUCGACAACUUUAAGGUAUUACACACAUUCUACCAACACGGGACGUCCGCUAACUUUGACGUUAUCUUGGAAUCCAUUAUUUGGUCAUAUAUCCUCCACAUAUUCGGCCAAGACAGGAACGAAUUCCACUUUCUGCGCGAAAUAUGAUUUUAAUCUUUAUUCAAUUGAAUCAAAUCUUUCAUUUGGGUGCGAAUUUUGGCAAAAGAAGCAUCAUUUGCCUGAGACCAAUAGAAGUAAUAAUGACAAAUUAGAACCAAUCUCCCACGAAUUGGUGGAUACAAUUUCAAAUAACAGAGUGAUUAAACUACUGCACGAAAAUGUACCAAAUUUGAAUUCAGUUGAUAACGAUAUUCCUUCUCCACUAGAUAUUCCUGUUCAUAAACAAAAGUUGCUAAACGACCUGACUUAUGCGUUCUCGUCAUCACUAAGAAAAAUAGACGAAGAAAGGUCUACCAUCGAAAAAUUUGACAACAAGAUAAGUAGUUCCAUUUUUACCAGUGUUUGGAAACUGAGCACGUCAUUACGUGACAAGACUUUGAAACUAUUAUGGGAAGGCAAAUGGAGGGGGUUUCUAAUAUCUGCCGGGACAGAACUGGUUUUCACUAGAAGCUGUCAAGAAACUUUAUCCGAUGAUGAUAAAAAUGUCAAUGCGAUAUCGAUAUCAGCAGCUGAUGCAGAAAACGGCAAUAUACCUGUUUUCCCGGCAAAGUUUGGCAUACAACUCCAAUACUCCACAUGA